AUGGCUGGACAUUUCUUGAAAUUCACUUGUAUGGCUCCAUCGCAGUUUAUACAUUUUGAUUUUUCUUAUGAAUUUUCGGCGCAGUCUUUUACCUUAUGUUGGCCAGCCCAUUUAACACAUUUCGAAGAAGCACCACAGUGCAAAGAAAAACUAAAUAUCGCGCCGAAUGUGUCCGUUAGAUUGGUACUCGAAGCUGAUGGUACACAAAUCGAAGAUCCCGAAUACUUCAAAACACUGCCAAACAACACUACUGUGUUAUUACUCAGGGAUGAGGAGUACUGGUACCCAGCUGAAGUUGACGCCAUUAAGACAGCGAUUGCCGCAAUACCAAAAAUUGUCUGUGAAACAAUCCACGCACUGGAAUUGCAAGACGAGACGCCUUCGUGGAAAAUAAUGGACAACAAAGGCCGGGUAACCGUUGUGUUGCACUGGGACCAACGCAACCAGACCUACCGUGGUUCUAGUAAUACCGGCGGUGGCGGUGGCAUGGACACGUCGCCGUCCAGGAGGACGAUGUCACACCAACAGAACGGUGUCGGUGGUCUUCUGAUGGAGAACAACGGUGCUCUGAAAAGAGAACCAAACCAAGUGUUUCAGCAACAGCAGUCGCAGUCCACACCGACAGUCUAUCGGCAUGGUUCCACGCCUCAGAUCACGGUCAUCCACCACGACGCCAUACMACCGUCGAAGAACGACGGUUCGAGUCAGCACUACGAGCAUCAGUCGCAGCAACAGUCACAGUUCUGUCGGCUGUCCAAGCAGGGCAGCAGUUCCAUGGACGCCGCAGCCAUCCACGUCCAAACGUCUGAGUGCACGCACUUCAUACCACCGCCACCGUUGCACCACUCGGUGGCUAACGGCGGCGUCGGCUCACCACGGGCAGGAAGUCCGGCCCGCGGCCCAUACCUCGCCGACGGGAUACUUCCGCCACCGCGACUGCACAGCAUGCCGGUGCAACAGCAGGCCACGUCCGACCACCACGGAUUUGAGUGCGACUUUCACUGUUGCGCGCUGCACGAAGAGGGCCGCCGGAUCGCUGUGCACAAGUCGGUGGCCACGUCACCGAUACAGGAGUGCCAUCACGCGCCACCGACGCAAAAGCAACCAAUGAUGCAACAACAGACGCAACCGCCGUCCGCCAGCCAGCCCACAUCGUCCUCGUUGUCGGACGGAACACGUCGCGCGUCGCCCAAAGGCCACGUCCGGUUCCUGGACCCGUCCGGGUCGCCACCGAUGCCGCCUCCACCGCUGCUGCCACCCUCGCCUCCCUCGUCGCCAGCGCACCGUCAGCAACCACCACCGCCGCUACAGUCGCUGCCACCACCACUACAGCUGCAGCAUCGAUCCGACAGCUCCGAUUCUGAGACGGAGACCACCGUCAUCGAAGACGACUCGAUGACCAGCGAGAAGUUCCUGUUGCUUAUCGACCAGCUGGUCGACAAACAGGACAGGCACCUGACAGUCAAGGACAUUGGCAUCAUACUGGAGAGGCUCAACUCGAAAAUCGUGGACGUCGAACGGCUGGACCGUGACUACGAGGCCACUGACUGCUACAACUGGACCAUUAAGGCAACCAUCAGGGGCGACGUGCUCCAAGAGUACGGYAUUAUAUACAACGGCAACUAUUAUGGCAUAUCCGAACACCCGGGUUACCGGCAGAACGACGAGGAGCUGCCAAACGAGGACGAAGAGGCGGCCCUAGACGAUGACGACGAAGGUAACGACGGCGGAAGCGCCACUGCAUCGGCCGCAGCCAGUGGAAGCAGUGCAACCGGUAGAGACGAUCGCCUGCACAGACGUCGUGCUGACGAAGAGGUUAACAUUUAAAUAAUAUAUAUUAUAUACUAUUUAUAAUCACACGUUGUUACAUUUA